AUGGAGGGACAACUAUUAGAAUCAGUCUACGUGAUGUCAGCAGAAUCUGCAUAUGUAGAUAGGAUAAGAAAAAAACAUAAGACAGCAAAUCUAUGGCACAUGCGGUUAGGUCACGUUAGCUAUUACAAGCUAAGUGUGAUGAUGAAGAAGUUGAUGCUUAAGGGGCUUCCUCAACUAGAUGUGCGAACAGACACAAUCUGUGCAGGACGCCAGUAUGGUAAAGCACACCAAUUGCCAUACGAGGAAUCGAAGUUUAAAGCAAAAGAACCAUUGGAGUUAGUUCACUCUGAUGUAUUUGGAUCUGUUAAGCAACCAUCAAUUGGUGGUAUGUGGUACAUGGUGACAUUCAUUGAUGACUUGUCAGGGUAUGUGUGGGUUUCUUUAUGA